ACAUGCUCCUGUCUGACUGCUCCCCGUAUGCCAACAUGGCUUUUCAGGCGUGCAGGUUGCUGCUCUGCAAAUUAACCCCCAUUCUCCUGUUUUCUGUCUUUGCUGUUGGAAAUGCUCAGUUUAAAGGUUUCAAGAAGUUCAGCCGAGAGCAGGAAACCAGCUAUGGAGAUGUGUCAGAGGAGCAGUGGUUCAUCCAGAAACUGGAUCACUACAAUGGUGCAGACAGCAGAGAGUGGAAACAGGUAAGUUUCGUUUUUAAACUUGCAUAAGAGCUGAAGUAUGCAAACGGAACAAAACACUAAAUUGAUUUGACAUAGUUCGUCCCUGCUUUGGGAUGUAAGGGUUAAGAAAAGCUUAAAAACAAGGUCAAUAUCAUUCCAAUCAGCACAGAAGUACAAGUGUAAAAAAGUGCACCUGUCUAUGCAUUUACAGGAAACUCAACUAUAUCAGUAUUACAUACUAACUGAGAAAGUGAAGGUAGAAGUAAAAAGAAAAAGACAAUGAAGUUUUACUAAGCAAAAGAAAAAGCUGUGGUACAAAAGAAACUUAAAUCAGUGAAGUAUAAUAAAAAUUGUGUUAAAUAUGGAAAGCCUAAGCAGCUUUGCAUCCAUGUUUUUAAUGUACUUUUCCCCCUUUAAUCAGGACUAAUUUCUGUUGUUUUCUGCAGUUCUCAGUUUAUGUUUAGAGGAUUAUAACUCCAUAUAUCGCUAGAGUUGGAAAGAUGCAAAACAAACACAGAAAUAGGCUUAACUCACCACACAAGUGUGAGCCAUGGCUAUAUGGUAAAGCCUAUUGAAUGGCCUAUUAGAAAAAAGAAAUUAUUGCAAAAUAACAGAUGCAUAAGUCAAGAUCUUAAAGAAACAACCAUGUUUUUUUUUUUUAACCAAGAGACCAUAGAGGGAAUACAAUGUUUGAAUGCAAAUCCGUGUCCAUGCAUAAAAUGAUAAGCUGGUAUGGCAGCAUCAAGUGCAACUACACUUGUUACAUCCAGUAAAUUGUAGAAAUUAGUGAAUAGAAACUGAGUUAUGGUCGAUCAGUGCAAUAUUGCCCCAAAUCUAAGAAGUGAAAAAUUAAUCUCUUAAAUCCUCCUUUCAUUUUGGAUUUUGCACUCAUGGUAACUCCUUUACUCUGCUCCCUCCUUUGCUGCAGAGGUACUUUGUAAAUGAAACUUUCUACAAGCCGGGUGGUCCAGUGUUUCUAAUGAUUGGAGGAGAGGGCCCAGCCAAUCCAGCCUGGAUGCAGACCGGCACCUGGCUCACCUACGCCCAGAAACUUGGAGCUCUAUGCUUCAUGUUGGAACAUCGUUUUUAUGGAAAGAGCCACCCCACAGCGUGAGUCUGUUAAAUCCCUGACCUUGUAGCCUGUUCAAACCACUUCAUUCAAUCGGUUUUGUGGUUCAAUCAGACAGCCGGGUGAUACAAAACCAGACUGAAGAGAACUGCAACACUAUUCUUCCCUAAUUGCAAAAUCUUCACCAGAAAGGAAGUCAAAUGCAUAAGGAGACAGUACGUUUGGCAGCAAAGCAUCAAAAACAGGGAUACUUAAUUUUUUAAUGAGUCCCUCACUAGUUCAGACUCCAGUGAAUGCCACCUAAGGUAAAACAUAUAAAUUAGUAUGUAAUAGUUUUAAAAACAGAAUUAAACUGAUACAAAAUCUGCAACUUUUCAGACCAAAUAUUUUCAAAUUCUUCCAACACUGCCACUAAGGGUGUGUUAAAUCCUCUCUGAGUGGAGGGUGGAGGUUGGUAUUGUCACCCAAGCAUGAAAAGUUGUAACAUCUUUAUUUUUGUAGAGCAAAAUGAGAAGUUCCUUAAUGCAAAUAAGUCAACAAGACAGGAAGUGGUAUUGUGAACUGCACUCUGUGGAUUUUUACUUUCUCAGUACCUUCCCAGUAUAAUCAGAUCCAGGUUUAUUUUAAGGCUUAAAACUUGUAUGCGGAAAAAGAAAAUAUCAUGACAUUGAAUUUUACAGCUUAGGGUGUGGUGCAUAACCAUGUAACAGAUCUGCAUCUACUUCUGGUUACAUUGUUCACAUAGUUGUGAUAUUUCUGGGAAGAUUUUAUGUAGUGUUACCUUUAAAAUCUGCACUAAAUUUGGAGCUUUGUCAAACAUUUAUUCAGCAUCAGUGGUUCACAUUUAUCAUCAUGAGUCGGCACAAGCUGAGAAGAACCGUAUCAUGCAGCCUACUGGAACAUUGAUUAAUGUGCAUUUUACUUUAGAUUUAGCAAUAAUGUGGUUAAUUUACUGUUUAAAAAAGGCCAGAAAGACUAUUGUAAUUCCCAAGAUACCAGAAUAUUUUCCUUAAAUUUCUCAUGUCUUCAUAAUUACACUUAAACCCCCUGAACUGCUCACAUCUCUAAAUUUGUUAAAAAAGAAAAUAUUAGAUUUUUGAAAAUGUAACAAGUAAUUUUUUUACAUUUGUUGCUGGAACUUUAAUAGUAGAUUAAUAAUUUAAGAUUAAUAAUUUACCAUAAAAAAUAUGCUCUUGUAUCACUCACAGUGAUUUUUUUUAGGACAAAGUGACUUCUUGCUCAGUGUGCUGUCAAUAACUCAGUGCCACAUCUUUCCUUUCCCAGUGGGUAGGGGCAUUAAAAAUGACAGUCCAGAAAAUGUCAGUCUUGUUGCUUUCGGUGUUGUUAACUACUGUCUAUCAAAGGCAUCAGUGUGAGUUUCAUUGUUUCAUGAGCAGCAUUCUCGGUUUUGUAACCCUGGAGUUUUCCCACCAACUGUAAAAAGGAAGUCUUAGGAUGCAUUUUUUUUUUUAACUUUUAUUCUAGGACCCAUUCCAAAGGUCAACCAUAAUAUCACACUUAAAAAUGUCCCCACAGCAGUUUGAGAGAUGUCAGCUGCUCAGAUUGCACAAUACAGUAAGAUCAAGAAAAGGACACAGGCUGCACUAUUUAAUGUGUUUAGGAUGUAAUGUAGAUUAUUCACCACAAGAUGGCAGCGCUGUUCACAGCCAUUGUACCAUGAGCUUGAAAUCUUCAGAUGCUCCCUCUUAGAAUUCCUUCCUCUCUCUUUUAGUGACCUCAGCACAGACAGUCUGCAGUACCUCAGCAGCCGCCAGGCGUUGGCUGACCUCGCACACUUCCGCACCGUGAUGGCAGAGAACCGAGGGCUGACCACCAACAAGUGGGUGGCCUUUGGCGGGUCGUACCCAGGUUCUCUUGCUGCUUGGUUCAGGCUGAAGUUUCCUCACCUGGUCCAUGCUACUGUAGCAACGAGUGCACCUCUUUAUGCCACUGUCAACUUCCCAGGUAUGAAGAGACAACCCCCUGUAGAUAGAUUGUUGCUCCUAACUUAUAUUGUCUUUCUGAAUCAAAAUCCCUGUGGGGAAAAAAAACAGGCAUGAAAUUGAAAUUCGCCACACAUUUCAUGUUCUGUUCAGUGUCUAUGAGUAAGUGAGAGUCCCAGACGGAUCCCAGCUGAGGAAGGGUUCACUCUCAUUAUCUGUGUUGUGUUUGGCUGAGUCCAGUGUUUGCCUCUGGGAGGCUUUAGUUUGAAACUGAGGGCUUUGAAAAUGAACCUGAAUUUUCCCACCCACAUACUCGUGCUAUCUUAGAGGCACUAUCACACAAUCUGGCUCUCUGUCUUUGGUACUGUUGGAAAACAGCCGGUACAAGAUCAACAGAGGGUGGUACAGACAGUAAGCUAAGGUCAGAUUUUUUUCCUAUCCAGUCUAUUAUUCCCCCAAACACCACAGCAGUUAGUCAGAAGUAGGAGGCUGACUUUCCCUCCAGGUGGAAAUAUUCCUUGUUGUUGUAAUGAGGAGUUUGUCCUCUGAGAGCCUGUUUUAGAGCUUCAUAAAUUGUAAAUUUCACUCGGGUUGUGACUCAUCAUUUCACUUUUCACCUCAUAAAAACAUUUUUAAACAAAUCCUUUCUCCUACACUGGAUGAGAACUUCAAUCAAGCGUUAUUUUAAAGAUGAAUCUGUUCUUUUUCAGUGUCUAUAAACAGUCUUGUAUAUUUAACCGGGGUUUAUGUGUGUUAUUGUGGUCGUUGUAAGGCAUCCCGGGUUUAAGUGUCCUCUCCUGCUGCCUUCUGUCUUUAUGUUUUGUCAGAGUACUUGGAGGUUGUGUGGCGUUCGCUGGCUUCAGAGAAUGCGGAGUGCCCCCUAUUGGUUAAAAAAGCUUCAGAUACCCUUUUGGAGCGCCUGAAGGAUCCGAAGACUUAUGCCAACAUCACCAAGGACUUCAAGUACAGUCUUCUAUAUUUAUCCUAUAGUUUAAAAUAAUGGGAAAACAAAUCCCCCCUUAAAUAAUCUGCAUACCCCUCUCAUAUCAGUGGAAUCAAUAAGAGGUCAGUUAAAAGCAGGUAAACCAAAACCACACCUUUUAAUCAUAUUAUCAAAUCUAAAUAUGAUUGCUUUUGUGCAACAUGAUCUGCUGAAAUUAAAAAUGGCCUAUAAACUUCCACUGCACUGAUUGUUUCCAGAAAAACUCUGACUGAAAACUAUGUUAUUAACUGAGCUCUUUUCAGCCAAACAUUUGUCCUUUUUUUCCUAUUUUGGUUUUAAUCACGACACUCUUCUCGGCAUGCUCGUGCUUCAUCUGCAGUCAUCUUGGCUGCCUCCAGCUUUACUUUAUACGACUGUCUGGAUUGCUAUGGUUAAUCUCAGGUCAGUCAUGACAAAUAAACAGGUUAAAAUGUCAUUUAUAAUUGUGUGGUCAUUCUGCCUAAAGUAACACAGUCAUGGAGACACUCUGCAUCCCUGACUCUGUGUCUGCAGCAUCCUGACCACACUGGACAUCUUUUAUUUUGCUUCUCUCAGAUCAUAGCUGCAGACAUGUCCUCAUGCAGGAACAAACACACAAAAGGCCCCAAAGGGGAGUGGCGGCUUGCCUCAUUUCCAAACCACAAUGUCACAUUUUCAUCAUGGAGGUAGUUAUCGCUCACUGCACACCAAAAAAAAUCAUUAUGAAUAACGCUGUUUUUGAUAUCUCUAAAUGCCAAGAGAGAUAAGUGUAGACCUGAAAUGAACUUGAUAUGUUGGGAAAGGAGAGGAAAUAAAAAUUGGAUGCAUGAAUUUCUUUUGUAGAAAUGGGUGAGGUUUUUCUUUCAUCUCAACAAGAUUCACUGUUUCGUGGCCAAAACACAGUCUUUUCUCACAGUACUUUCCCUACACUCUCCUUUCUUCUUAAAUUUCUUCACUUCGUCUUCAUCUUCCUGUCUCUAUCUGUAAUCUCUUUGUCCUUCCUUCUCCCCAUCCAGCCUGUGCUCCGAACUGCAGAUCCAGACAGAAAGCGAUUCGGCCUACCUGCUGGAAACACUGGCGGGCAACUUCAUGGAUGUGGUCCAGUACAAUGGAGACAACAGGGCGUUUGAGGUGAGAGCGAGUAGACAAGUUCUACAUCAGAAAACAUACAUUUUGGAAGUAGGUUCUUAUCUUUUUUAGCCAGUAAUAACCAUGUUAAAUUUAAUUUUUGACUGCCAAAAUAAUCACAUCGCAAUUGCAGCCAUGAAAACAUGUUUGGCGAACGCUCAAACAUUUAGUUGUGCUCAAAAAGAUGUUGAUUUUUUUGCUUUCAUGCCAAAGAAAAUGAGUGGAUCAACAGUGGACGAUUAGUUUAUCUUACCAUUAUUCAGAUUAGCUACGUUUCUGGAGUUUAUGGAAAAUCUGUGCAGACUUAACUGUUUUGCGUCCUUGUAUUGACAGUACCAUAUCAGCAGACUUAAGAAAAACAGUCUGUAUGGAGAGCAAAAGCACGCAGAGAUCAACCUGCUGUUGCAAAGACAACAGAAAUCUCACUGGUGUUAAACAAGUGCAGCUAAAAACCUGAUCUGGAUUCAAAGUUUCAACCUGAGCUUCAAACCAGCUUCACAUCCAUUCGAUGAAAACAUUUAAAAAAGACGGACCAGGUUUGCAUUUUAAUUUCAAUAUUUCUGCAUCAUGUGAUUCCAGCUAACUUAAGACCUAUUUCUGCAAGUGUGUCACAAGAAAACCAGUUUUUUUCACACAUUCAUGUCUCUGUAGCAAGCUAGGGCAAAGCCUAAGUGUGAGUCAGUACUUACAGUGAAACUGAGGCCUAUUAUUAAGAUAAGUAGGUCCAAGAAAUCUUGCAUCACAUGUUUCUCUAUCAUGAAUAAAAGUAGGUCACUACCAGAGAAAUAUUACCAAUAAUUUAAAUUUGGUAAUGUAGUGUAAACACUGCUGAUUUAUGCAUGUUUAAGUGAGACUGCUGAAAGUGAGGGUCUCUCUGAGUCAGGGGUCGACCCAAUGUCCAGUCUUGGUUGAGUGACACGCAGGUAUGAAGGUGUAGGAGGGUUACACACAACCCAAGCAGAAAACUGAAACUUUACACUGCCUACACUGUUUAAAGGGAGAGGCCCACAGAUACCAGCCGCAGAGAGGGUCUGCCGGACCACUUUCUUUUUAACUUCACCUGGACCCCUUAAUGAGUAGAGGUCUGAAGAGGCCCCUCUUUUAUAACCAGCACAGCAAAAGUGGGACCUAGUAACACUUAAAGGAUUUGACGUCUGUUUUCGAAGCUUUAUCAGACUAUGUUUACAGUGAAUAUGUUCUACUUAAUCCAGUUACUUAAGACUUCAUCACAGAUAAGGUCCAGAUAAAAUACAACACAAUACAAAGACAUACAGCACAAAAAAAUAUACAAAAGGCACAACAAACGUCCUAAAUUUUGAUUCAGUUUGAAAAUAAUGAACAAAUCUAAAUUAUUUGAAUUUACUCAAAGGGUGUUUCAAUUAAAACAUGAUGACACAGUAAAAAAAUGUGACACCCCAGACCGCAAAACAAGAACAAACUGUAUCAGUAAUUUCAGAUAUAGUGUUUCAAAAUGGGAUUUUUCACGACAUCUUGUGGUGAGACUCUAGAUUUUGAUUCCCCUUGCUCACCCCUCCCAUCAGUGACAUGAUGGUGGUCUUCAGGGACAAAAAGUUGCUGUGAUACACAAUUAAUAUAAUCCUCUAUUUGUCAAGUUUAUACCAUCAGAAACAUCUAUCAACAACAUCAACUUUUACUCUUCUCUUCUUUUAGCGGGUUCAUUAGGACGGCAACUCACUCAAUACAAGUGCAUGAAUUACAAGUUUGUCCACUCUGUGUCAUUUCCGACAGCUUGUUGAAGUGUCUUGUUGAAUAGUCCAGUAUACACUUGACUUAAUAUUUGCUCUGUAUCAAGGAGUUUUCUGUUUGUGUUGAUUUUGGCGCCCCCUGUGAACACAGCAGUAGCUCUAAGUCCUCAUUUUAAGACAUUACAAAUGACUGUAUACGUAUGUGAGACUUGUCAGUGUUGGUCUUGUUUGCUAUUAUCAGUCAUAAAAACCAUCAAUAUUAAUUUCAGUCUGUUUAGGAAGCAGAUAAAAACUCACACCUCUGUGUCUGUAAAACUGUGGAAACUGUCCUCUUAUGCUCUGCGUAGAUGUACUUUUAAUGUCAAGGAGACAAUAAAAUCAGCCUUUAAGCUUGAAAGCAGCUUUCCAAAAUCCACAUUUAAGUAUUUUCUUCCCCACAAAAUAGACAAUGACUUACAUUGACAAGCUUGAACUUGUGGACAAACCCAACAGUCUUCCAAAUAAGCCCUAAUUGUGGUGAAAUGUAAUUGUUACAAUAUGUUUUCUCCUUUUCUUGUCAUUUUUGGUGACCCCUUUUUUAAGACUGGUUUUCCUCCUCCCCUCCCUCUUUUCAUCCCAUCCCCUCUCUGUCCCCCUGGUGCCUCGAGGAGACGUGAGUCCGGUUACCAAUAAGCUAAUGUGAAAGAGUAACAAAAGACUCUGUGGUCUCUCUGGUUUCCUGUCGCCCCGAGCUAAAGAGAAGCUUAUAAAAGAUCCGAGAGGAGCGGUGGGCAGCAGAGUCUGCAGCACCAGCAGCAUAAACACAGCCAACAGCUGCCUCACUGACACAAAAGGCCACGAAGAGAGCAAACGACAAGGUUUUAGGUACCGCUGAGGAAUGUGGGCACGAUCUCUGGCGGAGGUGUAAUUUAAUCAGAAGAGUUAGAGCAGUGGCUUCACAGUUGAGGGGUUAUCAAUGGGUGCUUUAUAAAACACGGAAGGACAUUAUGUAACACCACAGCCUGAAGAUAAAGCAGCAACAGUUUUGCUUUCUGAAGAAGAUGCAGAUGGGGUAUGGGAGUUGUCAUGGGUCAUUUAAAGUUAACAAGUCACUCAUUUUGUACCAAAAGAAGAACCUGUAACCCCUCCUCCAACCCUCUUUCCUGUACUACAGUUUGUUUUCGGCAAGUUUGUACCUGAGUCUCAGACUGAUGCAACUGAGCAGCAGAAGUGCAUUUCCGUGAAGGAUUGUGGGUUUAUGUGCAGGUCAGGAGGUUAUUACGGAUAUCCAAACUGUCAGACACACCAAUACAACUUUUGUUCACUUCUUUGUAGGGCAGGUCGCUUCAGUUGUGUUCUGUUGUGUUCAGGUUUUAGGAAUCCAGAAAGGGGUUAUCAUUGAACUGAUUCAGAGGGACAUCAGACACUAUUUCAAAGUAAAACACCUAAUUAGAGGAUGGCUGAUAUGAGAUCUUGAGGGCUGAUACUGAUGCCGAUUAUCAACAGUUUCUAAAAGCAGUCACUGAUAUCAGCGUUGUGGUAUUCAGAUACUCAUCAGGUUGAUUCAUCAUCAGAGUUAGCCACAUUUCUGCUGCUCAUAGCAACGGACUCUAUGUCCCUCUGUGUCAGAUUGGAUACAUGCGAUGUACCGCAAAGGUGGUUAACUCAAAGACAAAGUCUUAUUCCACUCUUGGUCUCUUUCCUGUUUGUGGUCUCUUCCUGUUUGUCUCCAUCUUUGACAUCAACAUUAACUUACUUGUGCACUCAGAACUGACUCACAUCAUGUUAUUAGCAACAAGUGGUUCUGAACUGUUGUGUAAAAACUUGGGCUGGUAAAUGUGUUUCAGUUUGUGAGAAUGUGUUUAAGAUCUGCAAAAUGUGCGAACUGGAUAAGGCCACUAGAUUUGUAUAUUAUAUGUUUAUUAUUGAAUGCUUAAGCUGAUGUAUUUUGAGUUGGAUAAAUUCAUCAUAUAAAAUAGUUUCUGUCUUCUUUUUCCUCUUUUUCUGCUGUUGUUUAUUUAGGGCGUGGUGGGUACCAAUAUCACUAUCAAAGUGCUGUGUGGCGUGAUGAGUGACACCUCUCUAGGGGACCCUUAUGCCCGAUACGCGGCUGUGGCGCGCCUCAUGAUGGACACUUUCUCAAUGAAAUGCCUGGAUGCCAGCUUCAACAACUACCUCAGAGACAUGACUAAUGCGUCCUGGAAUGGGACGGCUGCAGGAGGAGGUGGGUCUGGAUGUCCUGGAAGUGGUGUUUAAUGAGUGUAAACAGGGUUAUUUCAGAGGUCUCUAUUUUCAGGAAUAACGUCUGUAACGUCAUGAAUGUCCGAGAAGUGGUGUUUUGAUUCUGCUCUGAAGUUUGGCAGGGUUGCAUGACUUUUUCUUUUGCUCCUCUGACAGCAUAACUGGCUUAAACAACGCUGUGUCAUGUUCAGAACUUCUGCCGUCAACAAACAAAAUUUAGGAGCAGUAAACUGAAGUAGAAGCACAAACAUAAGUGGAGUCAAAGGAAGAGAGUGUCUCAUGGCAACAAGGGGGGCUGUGUGAGAUGAGGGGAUGUGGUUAGAGUCAACAAACCCAUUUUGGGUGUUUAGACUGACCUACUGUAGGUUGGAUCGAAAUUAGCAUGGCAUGGUCCUGGCAGAGUCAGUACACCAAAAAAAGAUGUCUGAAACACUUCUGAAUAUGACAAGCGUAUUUUCUUAAUUCUUUUCUUAAAUGGGUACAGUUAAGUUAAGGGUGUUAGAUAAAUCCAGUCUCAGUUAAUCCUGUACUUUCUUGAGAUUGGGUGUGCUAACUCUUGUUUAUUAUGUUUUCUCGUAUUGGGGCAGACAGUAUUAAGUAACAGCUUUCUAUGUUAAAGCAAAAAUGGCUUUCCAUGAUGUACCUUUGCCCCGGGCUGCGGUUCUAGUUCUCAGCUUUGGUUUCAUGAGUGGGAGGAAAAACUGGAGCAGGAAGUGGUCUCUUAAAAAGCCACUGGCUUGUGUCUGCAGAAACUCCCCCAAACAAGCUCUUUUAUCAUGUUGCCUUCAGCUCCACUCUGUUCUCUGUAAAUCACAGCUGAAAUAACUGGAAGGGGGGGGGGGGGUACUUUAGCAGGAGCUGGUUUAAUCUAUGUGUUAGUAUUACAUGCUCUCUGUUGUGAUUGCUUUGAUUGGUAUGAAGUGGCUCAAUGUUCUGUCCGCUGAUGAAUCUUGUGUGUUUGUGUUUGUCUGUUGUCAGGGAGACAGUGGGUCUACCAGACCUGCACUGAAUUUGGAUUUUACCAGAGCACAGAUUCACCAAACCAGCCAUUCAGCGGCUUUCCUCUUGAGUGAGUCUCGGCCUGAUGAACCCACUUUUAUGUUUUUGAGAAAAUAUCUGCCCCAGCUACACUUUACACUACUUUCUAUAGAUACACAGGUUUUUCUUUGCUUUCAGAUUCAUUAAAUACAGCUGUUCUCUUAUUCAGGUUUCACGUCAGUCAGUGCGCAGACUUCUACAAUGUCAGUGCCAAGCAGGUGGCCGAGGCGGUGGCACAAACAAACGAGUAUUACGGUGGCUUUAACAUCUGCUCCACCAGAAUAGUGUUUCCUAACGGGUCCAUUGACCCCUGGCACGCCUUGGGAAUCACCCAGGAUGGCAAUCCUGACCUACCUGCCGUUUUCAUCAAAGGUGAGAGUGUGAGAUGGCGAAUCCUGCUGCAGAGGGAGAACUGUGAUUAAUAGGCUGAGGCCUGAUAAGGUUAUAAUCAGGAAUAUUAGUUUGUCCCAUCUGAUCUUUAAAGUCAUAAAUUCCAAGAUACCCAUCCAAAAGGUCACCCAGAACACCCUUUUGGGGUCAGAAUUCAUAUUCUGAAACUCAAAAAUCAAAGUCCAAUAUCCAAGUUGGUUGCUCCCUGCAGGGGUUGUAACACAACUGUUCUUUUAAUAGUGUUUAUUGGCAGAAUGGACUUGUUUUCUGUAAUUUAGCCAAUCACAAUGAUAUUAUCUUGCAAGUUUUACCUUAGGACAUGUUGUCUUGUUGUUUCCAUACACAAACUAUCACAAAGAGUGUUGUUCUUGACAAGUGAAGCUAUCAUAGUCGGGGAGUAGGGGGUACCUUCUUACUCUGUUUUCAACUCCUAACUAGAACACAGUCUGCUCAGGUGUGACGUUAUUCCCAAGUAUGUCACUUGACUUUGAGGUACACGGAAGGUGCCACAUAGCCUCAUACUAAAAGGGCUUUGAGACCCAUUGGCUCCAAAACAGAGACUCAGAUAUAGCAGUAAUGACCCAGACAUGAUGAGCAGAAAGACACAAAGUUAAAUCAAUGCAAUAAGCACCCAAACAAAUAACAGCAUAAAACUUUUUUAGCUUAUGUUAAGCUAUGGCAGCGAAAGUGCUCUGCCAUGUUUAGAAAAAGAUCCUCCUGAGUACAGAUCCCAAUGCAGGUGAGUGGGAUAUAUCUUUUAGGCAUUAACAAGACCAUAUUAAUAUGAAUGCAUGCCAACAAGAGCAUGCAUCAAGCACUCAAAACUGUGUGCAAGGCAACUUCUUAAUUAACCAUAACCGUAGGAACUUGAAGGACACAGUUGCACAUGUACACCCAGCAAGCACUGACUUGAGAAUUUGCUCCCCUGAGUCUGUCUAUAAAUAAAAGUCGAGUGAAAAGUAAAGCUGGAAAUACACACCAGGGUAACAUCUUGUCCUCAGAGCAAGUGUAAAUGCAACAGUGCUGUGUGUAUGUAAGUGUUUGGUUUUACUUUGUGUCUCCGGUGCUUCUGCAGCACUGGGAUAAGAUGUAAAAUCACACAAAGGAAGCAACUUUUGAUUUAAAUUAAAAUUUGUUUUGGUCUGUUGACCAGUCAGAAACUGUAUUUGAGAUCAGCUGACCUAUAAAGGUCCAGUUAGAAGCAAGAGCAGCCCAAAACAGACAUCACAGUAUAGAUAUGGGAAAGAUAGGACUGUUUUGAAUGGAUUCAAAUAUUCUCACAUCCCUGCUGUGUUAUUGAAAACAAACCACAGAGCACAGCACAAAACCCAAUCAUACAUGCAUAACGUCUGAUUCCAACCUUAGUCAUAUGUUGUGUUGUUGUUGAUAUACCAUAGGUGAAACAGCUACCUUGAGGGUCUGCCUCUCAUUGACCACAGCUCAUCAGAAGUCUGUAUCGUAGUUUUAAAUGAGAGUAUUUCCAGGCCUUGAAUCUGUAAAGCAUCAGUUAAUGUUACUCUGAGCUUCUUGAGCUUUUCUUGACAUUACUGAAUCUAAUCUACAGUUUCAGAACAGAACAAUGGUGGACUUGUUCAGCUCUGACUUUAUUAGGUGGAUAAUAGUAACUAAACUGUUUGUUUAGUUAAAUUGUUUUUUCCUGCUGUAUUCAUCGUGUUUUCUUUAUCCAUGUCAAGUCAAAUAAGCUUUAUUGGCAAAACAACAAAACACUAUUAAAAAGUGUACAGAUAAUGGAGUGGGGGUAUUCAAACAUCUCAUACUCUUUCUUAAAGAAUGAAUUACAGUUUAGUCGACUUUCAUAACUAACAAGUUUGUCUCUCAUUUAGGAACAGCCCACUGUGCCAACAUGUACCCUGCCAGGGAUGAUGACCUCCCACAGCUGACUCUGGCCCGGGAACACGUCCUUCUGCUUCUCCAGCAGUGGCUGAAGGAAUAACUGAGCAAUCACAGGCCUAUCGCUGCACUUUAAUCUACUCUAUUAUUUUUUUCCUGACCACUGAAAAUACAAUGAGACUCCUUUUUCCUGCCACAUAAUUUGACUUCUCAGAAAAGCACUUUGCUCAAGGAUCAGCGGGUUCUAGGUUCAGUAUUUUUUUUUUAAAUGAGAUAAUUUUCACCUGAUUAAUAAAGUUGUUUUUUUAAUGACUGUGGAAGCUAUUUCUUUGUGUUUCAUCAGUUUCAUUUUGAGACCUUCUUGCAAGAAGGAAUUCACAAUUACAACAACGUCAUGCUGACUUUCUGGGAAGAGCAGGAUAUGGAUAUGGAACAUUGAUAUUCUGAUGGCAGAUUUUAAUCUUUAGUCCAACAGUAAUCUGUUAUAAAGGAAGUCAUAUCAUCUAAAGUAUGGCAUGCGUCAUUACCUUUCAUUUUCCACAGAAUAUUUUCUUAAGUACUGACGUGCAACGAACAGGGAAAUUCCUCUGACUUUCCGUAACUUUAACUUUUGGCUCAAAAAUAAGGUUUUUCUUUUUUGGCCAGGGAUUGGCAAAUACUUUCUGCAGAGGACACUCUUUAGGUCAGUCCUUUUAUGAAAAUAAUCCAAAUUCAAGGAAAAAGGAGGAUCUGUUAAAUGCUAAUAUAAACAACUUUUAAUGGUUUGCAUAUCAUUUAAACCCUUUAUUUGAUUGAAAAUAAUGCAAAGACAACAUGUUAAGAAUUUAGGGAUGUAUGAAAAAUAGGUGCCCAUACAGAGGUUAAUGUCAGCAACAUGUCUCAAAAAGUUGAAACUACAAACACUGAAAAGGUUCUGCUAUGUUAAAUUAAAACAUAGCAUACAACAGACAGAGUAUAAAAAAGACAUUCAGUCACAUUUUAGUCUUGAACGAUACAAAUAUAUUGUAUUGUAUAUUGUAUUGAUGUAUUGAUGAUAUCUGCAGGACACGGUAAGAACUAGAGAAAAUUCCCUCAAAUGGACUGAAUAUUGCAGGGUACCUGUGCAAACAUGGGGAUUUUGUUGUUCAAAGGCAUAAAUAUCCUUGCAUGUCAUGAUUAGUGCACAGCUGUGUGUUCAUUCAGUCCCUCCUCAAUAAACAGACACAGUGACCCCUCUG